CAAAACAAAGAAUCCAUGGAGGCAGCUCCAGGAGUGUGAUUACGAAAUGUCCACGAUAUGAAGAGGCAAGAAACGAACAUUUUUCAAUCCAAGCGUAAUUAUACGACCGAACAAAACAAUAUUUGCAAAAAUUGCAAUAAAAUCCGUAGAGACACACAACAUCUCCAAAGCUGGCGCCAAUUUCAAUAAUCCCUGGAUAAGGUAACUUUUCUUACACCCUCCUCCUCCUCCUUCUCCCCCAAAUCCUCUCACAAAACAAAAACCAAAACACAGAGAAAAGAAGAGACACUAACCACUCUGUGAAAUCAAAACCCUAAUAAUAAAAAAAUGGCCACACUUCAAGCUUCUCUUCUCUCCAAACCUUCCCUUCUCUCCAAACCUUCCCUCCCAUUCCCAUUCCCGUUCCUCUCUCCGAACCACUCCCCAUUCUCCCUCUCCUUCCCCCCCAUGCGCCGCGUCCUCUCCACACCGUUAUGCUGCACCUUCUGCCCCUCCGAACCCAAUCUCAGCCCCUCCGAACCGGAACACGAAGCCGGUUCAGCCAACACCGAAGAGCCGGGUAUAAAUUCAACCGAAGAAGGUGCAGCUUCGGUUUCAGAUUCGGGUUUGGAAGAAGAAGAAGGCGCCGAGGCUGUGCUUCGGAGUGGCGCGGAUUCGGAGAAGAUUGUUGUUGCGAGUGGAAGGCUCUCGAUAGUGGUGUUCUUUGUGGGGCUGUGGGUGAAGGCGAGGGACCGCGUGAAGAAGGCUUUUUCGGAGCUUCUCGAUUGGUGGCCGUUCUGGCGCCAGGAGAAGCGCCUCGAGCGAUUGGUCGCUGACGCCGACGCGAAUCCCCAGGAUGCCACCAAACAGAGUGCUCUGCUUGUUGAACUCAAUAAACACAGUCCUGAAUCUGUCAUCAAGUGGUUUGAACAAAGGGAUCGAGCUGUAGACAGUAAAGGGGUUGCGGAAUAUCUUCGAGCUCUUGUGGUCACUAAUGCUAUUAGCGAAUAUCUUCCUGAUGAGGAUUCUGGAAAAGCUUCUAGCCUUCCUACCCUGUUGCAAGAUUUGAAGCAGCGUGCAUUGGGUAACUCAGAUGAAACUUUUCUUAGCCCUGGAAUAUCUGACAAGCUGCCACUACAUGUGGUUAUGGUUGAUCCAAAAGUAUCAAAUAAAUCACGUUUUACACAAGAGCUUAUCUCAACUAUUUUGUUCACUGUAGCUGUGGGGUUGGUCUGGUUUAUGGGUGCUGCUGCACUUCAAAAAUACAUUGGAAGCUUGGGUGGGAUUGGACCUUCAGGAGUUGGAUCAAGUUCUUCCUAUGCCCCAAAGGAGCUGAAUAAGGAAGUGAUGCCUGAAAAGAAUGUAAAAACCUUUAAGGAUGUGAAAGGUUGUGAUGAUGCAAAGCAAGAACUUGAGGAAGUUGUGGAGUACCUAAAAAAUCCAUCUAAGUUUACACGCCUUGGAGGAAAGUUGCCAAAGGGAAUUCUUUUGACAGGAGCACCUGGAACUGGAAAAACUCUGCUAGCUAAGGCUAUUGCUGGAGAAGCUGGUGUUCCGUUUUUCUAUCGAGCAGGCUCUGAAUUUGAGGAGAUGUUUGUUGGAGUUGGUGCUCGACGUGUUAGAUCCUUAUUUCAAGCAGCCAAAAAGAAGGCUCCUUGUAUUAUUUUUAUUGAUGAAAUUGAUGCUGUUGGAUCAACAAGAAAACAAUGGGAGGGCCACACAAAGAAGACAUUGCAUCAGCUACUUGUUGAAAUGGAUGGGUUUGAGCAGAAUGAGGGAAUAAUAUUGAUGGCUGCAACAAACUUGCCUGAUAUUCUUGACCCAGCUUUAACUAGACCUGGAAGAUUUGAUCGGCAUAUUGUUGUACCAAAUCCAGAUGUGCGAGGUCGGCAAGAAAUAUUGGAACUCUAUCUGCAAGAUAAACCUGUAGCUGAUGAUGUAGAUGUUAAAGCAAUUGCUCGUGGUACCUCAGGGUUUAAUGGGGCAGAUCUUGCGAACUUGGUAAAUGUCGCUGCCAUUAAAGCUGCAGUUGAAGGUGCAGAGAAAGUAACAGCUGCGCAGUUGGAGUUUGCAAAAGACAGAAUAGUUAUGGGUACUGAGCGGAAAACAAUGUUUGUAUCAGAAGAGUCAAAGAAGCUUACUGCUUAUCAUGAGAGCGGCCAUGCAAUUGUUGCCCUUAACACGGAUGGUGCACAUCCAAUUCACAAGGCAACAAUCAUGCCACGUGGAUCUGCUUUAGGAAUGGUCACUCAGCUUCCAUCAAGUGACGAGACAUCAAUAAGCAAGAAACAGUUGUUAGCUCGCCUUGAUGUGUGUAUGGGAGGAAGAGUUGCAGAAGAGCUUAUCUUUGGCCAGGAUUAUGUCACAACUGGAGCAAGUAGUGAUCUCCACACUGCUACUGAGCUUGCCCAAUACAUGGUAUCGAAUUGUGGGAUGAGUGAUGCAAUCGGGCCAGUUAAUAUAAAAGAGCGACCAAGUUCUGAAAUGCAGUCACGUAUUGAUGCAGAGGUUGUGAAACUCCUUCGAGAAGCAUAUGAUCGUGUGAAAGCCCUUUUGAAAAAGCAUGAGAAGGCAUUACAUGUGCUGGCAAAUGCAUUAUUAGAGUACGAGACACUUAGUGCAGAAGAAAUCAGGAGAAUACUUCUCCCAUAUCGGGAAGCACGGCUACCAGAACAACAGGAACAAGAAGCAGCAGAAGGGGAUCUGGUGUUGGUCUCCCCUCCUUUGUGCAUGGCAUUCUUGUCGUAAGAUGCAUAUGGGAAAAAAGAUAAGCAACGUUGGAUAUCUGCGAAGCAACGAUUCCUGUGUACAACAGCAAAGGUCCGCUGUUACAGUAUGAUCGCCCUUGAGCAAUAUUUUUUGGUGAGAACUGUGUAACAUGUAGGAAUGUGAUAGCCUACGCAUUUUUCAUUUUUUAAGAAUUUAUUGAACAUAAGCUUUCUAGCAUAUACUGCAUGAAUUUUAUUUAACAGCAAAUAAUAGUUGAAAGUGCUACAAAUAAUAAAUAGAUCCUGGAUUUAAUAUACUCCAUGCACACACUGAGUGCAACCACCGAUGAUUUAAUAUAUAAAGUAGUACAUGGUGAUCUUAACUUGCUACAA